AUGUUCGUAUCCCUGUUGGGCCGUUCAUACCGGCGUAUCGUUGGCGCCCAAGCCUGUCCUCGUGGAGGCCCUCGAGAGACUUCUGGCUGUCUUCCUAUUCUCUUCUAUUCCUUCCCAAGGCUUAGAGCCCCGCAGGUCACCUGCGAGGCGGAAGAUAGUGACACAGAAAGGAUAAUGGAAAGCAGGUUCUUGAUCUUCAACCGGGAUGGGGAGCCCGUUGCAUCCCAUCAAGUGGAAUUCACACAGAUCUAUCCCAAUCCAGGGUGGCAUGAGCACAAUCCUCUCGAACUUGUAUCGUCGGUGGAAAGUUGUAUCGACGAGGCAGUCAGACAAUUCGAAUCAAAGGGCUACUCGAGACAUAACAUCAAGGGGAUUGGUAUCACCAACCAAAGAGAGACUACUGUCGUCUGGGACCACGAGACCGGGGAGCCUCUAUACAAUGCCAUAGUCUGGACUGAUACACGGUCACAGGCUAUCGUCCAUGAUUUGAAAGAUAAGCCAGGGGCGGGUCAGCUGCAACAGAUUUGUGGUCUUCCGCUUUCAACCUAUUCCUCCUCCUCGAAGCUCCUUUGGAUGCUCGCCCAUGUCCCUAAGGUCCAGGUUGCUUAUGAAAAAGGAACUUUGGCUUUUGGUACAGUGGACACAUGGCUAGUCUAUCGUUUAAACGGUGGGGUGCAGGCAAAUGUGUUUGUAUCGGAUCCUACAAACGCCUCCCGUACCAUGUUCAUGAACCUCAAGACGCUUCGAUAUGAUAAUAACCUCCUAGACUUCUUUGGUAUCCGAGGCAGGGUCCACCUUCCAAAUAUUGUUCAGUCUUCGGAUCCAACGGCCUAUGGGGCCAUCUGUUCUGGUAGCCUUGCCGGGGUCCCCAUCAUGGGCUGUCUGGGCGAUCAGUCAUCAGCUCUCGUGGGCCAAAAGGGAUUUUUCCCGGGAAUGGCAAAGAAUACAUACGGUACCGGUUGCUUUCUUCUUUAUAAUGUUGGGGAUAAGCCCGUCAUUUCUAAGCACGGUUUACUGGCAACUGUAGCUUAUAGCUUUGAUGGAAAGGCAGUCUACGCUCUAGAGGGUAGCAUUGCAGUUGCUGGCUCUGGUGUCAAGUUCCUGCAAAACAAUCUUGAAUUCUUCAAAGAUUCCAAGGAGGUUAAUGAUUUAGCUCUAACAGUGGCUGACAAUGGUGGUUGUGUUUUCGUUACUGCAUUCAGCGGUCUUUUUGCACCGUAUUGGGUAGACGAUGCGAAGGGAACGAUGUUCGGAAUCACCCAAUACACUCAGAAGGGUCAUAUUGCGAGAGCCACUCUUGAGGCCACUUGUUUCCAGACCAAGGCUAUUCUAGAAGCCAUGGAAAAGGAUAGCGGGCAUACACUCUCAGAGCUUGCAGUUGACGGCGGAAUGAGUAACUCGGAUCUUGCCAUGCAGACGCAGACAGAUCUCAUCUCCAUUCCAGUUUAUCGACCAAAAAUGCGAGAGACCACUGCACUUGGGGCCGCGAUUGCUGCUGGAUUAGCAGUAGGGCUCUGGCGCAAUUUCGCCGAACUGCGUGACAUCAACCGUGCCGGUGGUACGGUGUUCAAGCCUAAGAUGAGUCGACCAGAAAGUGUUAAACUAUUUACAAACUGGGAAAAGGCAGUGAGUAUGAGCAGAGGCUGGGUUGGGGAUAAGCCACCUCGAUUCUUGGAAACAAAGGAGAUUCCCGGACUUGCCAAGAACAGCAUCAACAAAAGCAGUUCUAUGAAAUCGAAAGCUGUCAAAGUGAAUGGAGACCUCCCACUCUCAAAGACUCCUUUGAUUAGUAUUUCUAGCGAUCUGGACGACGCAGACGAAGAAGAUCUGUUCUUGGAACUUCGGAAGAUCGAAAUUUUGCAGAAGUUGAAGAAGAUCCGAAAGCUCAAGGUUGUAUAUUUCUAGACCCGUUCUAGACCCAUCUUGUUCUAUAAUAAUCCACGACAAGUUAUUGUCAAACUGAAUGAUGAUAUGAAGAUUUUGCUUUUAACUAAAACAUGAUACUUGUCUACAAGUUUUACCAAAGCAUCU